ACAGUGUCAUCGUACGCGUCAAUCGAUCAGACUGUGAUGUGAUCUCACUAAUCGUGGAAUCACGGUGACAAUUCGCCUCCUGCAUCGAUCAGAUCCGCUACCCACUACACAGUACUACGGGUAGGAGUACUACCAUGCGUCUCGUCCAUCAUUUUGUCCCAAGCUCCCCACCAGCCAAAUUCUGGUAUACUUUUACUGUUGUUGUAAUAAAUCUCUCUCCUAUGGUUCUACCCCUUGUGAUGUGUAUAUAAACAGGGCAGCGAGUGAACACAAGACAUCUUCGAGAUUAUACUCACAAGUCACAAUCGUUCUUGGUAUCACAACCAUCUUCUCCUCUUCACCAUGAGCAACAUCUCUCCUUCAUUCAGCGCCCCCACCCUUCUGGCCACGUCCUCCUCCUUUCGUCAUUUCUUUCCCCUCGGCAGCACCAAGAAGGCCAAGCCUGUCCUCCCCUCUACCCGUCCUGAGCCUCCUAUGCACCGCAUCGAUAUUACCCACUUCAUCAAUUUCAAGCUAGAUCUCGCCGCAAACAACUACGCUGAGUGGACGCGGAAGUUCUACGCUAUCCUCGCCAAAUACGACUGCGCCCACCAUGUCGACCACGAGUCUGAUCCCCGUCUUCAAGAUGCCAAGUGGCGCAACGACGAUCUGACCAUUGUGUUGUGGUUCUAUGCUACCAUUUGCGACGAGCUCUAUCAAGUGGUGAGGGAGCCGGAGAACACCGCGUAUACCGUUUGGGACAAGUUGUACACCUUCUUCCGGGACAACCAGCCCGGAUGGGCCAUCCACAUCCGCGAAGAGUUAAGCGCCACCGAGCAAGGAGACAUGACGGUGGCCGCCUACUGCAAUCGGAUUAAGGCCCUCGCCGACGCCCUCGACGCAGGUGAACCAGUUAGCGAUGAUAUGUGGACAUUGCAAAUGAUCCGAGGACUCAACAACUGCUUCCAUGUGCUGGCAACUACUCUUCCCAUGCACAGGCCUUUUCCUACCUUUAUCCAGGCCCGUUCCAUGUUGUUGCUGGAAGAAAUCAAUCUUAAUGCACGUGACAGGGCCAAGGGAUCCUCCACCAUCACCAUUGGCACCAACACCGGCUCCAACUCCACCCCCGGUAGAAGCAACAAUGGGAAUCAAGGCGAUCGCAACGCUUUUUCUAACACCUGGCCUGGACAGUCGGCACAACCGCAACAACGACCCUGGAUGGGCUACUUUGCGCCAUGGGGGGCGCCCUUCCCGUUGCUGAGGCAGCCGCCGCACACUCAGCGGGCCCCUCAAAACGCCCGCGGCGUCCUCAACCCACGCCCAUCUGCUCCAACUCAGGGAUACUCGUUGCUCAACUCCAUGGCAUCCAUCUUUAUGCCGUCGCCUCCCUCGCGGGACCAGUUCUCCGUGAUCGACAGGGCGCCCGGCAACACAAGAUCCACCCCUCCUCCGACAAUGACUAGUACAUGGACUAUGCCGCGUAAUCGCAUGUGACGGGUUGCAGAGGAUCUAGCCACCAAGGGAAUCAUCGGGAGAUCUAGUUGUUCGAAAGAUCUAUAUUCGCUUUUCUCCAUAAAUAAAGGUGGCCCCUCGAUCUCAACAUGUGGCAUCGGCGACUUGGACCUAGGGCAAGCUUCGUUAGUGGCCAUGACAAAAAAAAGUCUUCCUUCUUGUGAUAAGCCAAUGCGGCCAUCACAUGUUUGUGAUUGUCAAUUAGGGUGGCAACCUCGAUUGCCUUUUCUUAUUUGUCUUUAUAUAUCACCUUUCCAAAAUACAUUAUGAUUUGUGGACUGUGCCAAUUUAUAGUUUCUCUGGUUCCCAGUACUA